GACCAAUAAAACACAAGUUUGCAUCUCAUUGACGUGUCAUUUCUUCAUAUGUGAAAAUUCAGCUCAAAAAAGUGCUGAAAUCAAACACUAUCACUGUUCCUCUUCAUUUUUUUCCACGAUGACCGAUUUUCACCAUCACCACCACCAACAUCGACCGCACCGCCUCUCUGUACCACCGCGAACCACCACUCAGAACCCAUAUUCCACUUUCCCAUAUUCAUCAUCAUCAACCCUAACCCUAACUCCAACACCAACCCCUUCCAAAUCCAAACACCGUCUUUCAUCAUUCUCUUUCAAUUCCAAAUCAAAUCCCAAAUCAAUUUCAUUCAUUUUCCUCCUUCUUUUCUCUCUUCGUUCUCUCUAUUCCCUUUUCCCUUUCCUUCGUUCUUCUUCCCCUUCAUUUUCUCUCUUCCCUUUUUCCUUCCUCGUUUCCCUUCUUUCCUUUUUCCUUACCCUCACUUUUUCCCUCUUUUCCUUUCAAUUUUCAUCUUCAAAAGAUCCUUUUUUUAAAUCCAAACAACAAUCGCUCUUCAAUUUUCAUUCAAUCCCACACUCUCAACAGAGAAUUUUGAUUUCAAAAUCGAUUCUUUUAGCUCUUGUGUUUCUGUUACGGUUUUCAGCUCUUCGAUACUGCGGUACUGCCGCGAUGAUUAUUGCAGAAUUCAUGGGAACCGUGACAGCUCGUUGCUUCCGAAGAAAUCGGAGAAAUGGCUGGUCUGAGAUUCGCGGUUUUGUUUCGUUGUUUUUAGGGUUGUUUAUGUUGUCUUUUGGUUGGGAUAGGAUUGAGUGUUUUCCUUUUGGUGGAAAUGAGGAUAAUUGUGUUAGGGUUUGGCAAUUGUUGCUUCCAUUUAUUUCUGGAUUUCUUGCUUGUUAUGAACAAUGUGUUUCUGUUGAUAAUUAUGGGAGUUUUAAGCAAUUGGAUCGGAAACGGGUUCGGUUGAUUACACUGUUUUUUACUACAGUUGUGCUUUUUGUUCCUGCUGUGAUUAGUUAUUUUGUUUAUGAAGCUGGUGAAGAUAGUGUUUCUUUUGGGAAUUUGGCUUGGCCUUUGGCGAAUACUGUUGUUUUCGGUGUGCUCUUGAGUGAGAAUUGUUUUAGUGGCGGCGAUGAUUUGGUGAGUUUCAAAGACUCUAAAAGAGAGUUUUUGGUGAUGUUUAUGUGUACCUUAAUAUUGGAACUUUUUUAUUAUCCUAAUAUUUCACUUUGGGGUUUGUUGAUUUGUGGUUUGUUGCUCUAUGUGGCUGUUAGAGAUUUGGAUCCUUUUGAUUCUCAUGAUAUUGGGUUUGAAAAUGAGUCUUCGCAGUUUUUAAGUGAAAUGGUUAUGAAGCCUAUUAGGCAUAUAUUAAGUGAGAGGAAAUCUAGAAAAAUUGCACUUUUUCUUUUGAUCAAUGCUGCUUAUAUGGUUGUAGAGUUUGUUGCCGGGUUUAUGAGCAAUAGUCUUGGGCUAAUAUCGGAUGCGUGUCACAUGUUGUUUGAUUGUGCUGCUUUGGCAAUUGGGUUGUAUGCUUCAUAUAUAUCUCGUUUGCCUGCGAAUAACCACUAUAACUAUGGCCGAGGAAGAUUUGAGGUUCUAUCGGGAUAUACUAAUGCUGUUUUUCUCGUUCUUGUUGGAGCGUUGAUAGUGGUGGAGUCCUUUGAGAGGAUAUUGGAUCCUCAAGAGAUUUCGACUAAUAGUUUGUUGGUUGUUUCUGUAGGAGGGCUUGUAGUCAAUGUUAUUGGUUUGAUAUUUUUUCAUGAGGAGCAUCAUCAUGCUCAUGGAAUGUCUGGUGGAUCAUGCUCACAUUCGCAUCCGCACUCGGAGUUACAUAAUCAUCACUCUCACCAUCAUCAUGAAAAACAUGAAAGCAACCAAGAAUUCAUUUCUAUUUCAAGUGAUUGCCAAGAUAGUUCAUGCUCCGGCGAUCUUGGACAUCACAACCAUUCUGGUCAUGAGAGGAAAGUUGACUCUCUUGUAGAUAAUCACAGCAUUCAGAGCUUUAAGCGUCACAACGAUGAUGCCCGGCAGCAUGACCACCAUGAACACGCUCAUGAUCAUCAUCACCACACCGGUCACCAUGACCAUUCCCAACAGCAUGACCACCAUGAACACACUCAUGACCAUCAUCACAACACCGGUCACCAUGACCAUGCCCAACAGCAUGACCAUAAUCACCAUGCCGGCCACCAUGACCACAGUGAUUGUCAUGAUCACAAUCAUCACCAUGACCAUCCGCACCAUGAUGGUCAUCACCAUCAUGGUGCUGACCACCAUAGGACUCAUGAUGCUUCACCUGUUCACCAAAAGCAAAGUCACCGCCAUAUCGAUCACAAUAUGGAAGGGAUAUUCUUACAUGUUCUUGCAGACACAUUGGGGAGUGUUGGUGUUGUUAUAUCUACACUACUAAUCAAGUACAAGGGAUGGCUUAUUGCUGAUCCAGCCUGCUCAAUUUUCAUUUCAAUUUUAAUUGUAUCCUCUGUGAUACCUUUACUCAGAAACUCAGCCGAAGUUUUGCUCCAAAGAGUUCCAAGGGCACAUGAGCAUGAUCUGAAAGAUUCCUUGGCCAAUAUUUUGAAGAUAAAGGGUGUUUACGGCAUUCAAAAGUUCCAUUCAUGGAGCUUCACAAACACUGAUAUAGUAGGGACACUGCAUCUGCAUGUGUCAACCGAUACCGACAAGAUAUUCGUGAAGUCUCAGGUUUCACAUCUAUUACACGAUGCUGGAAUAAAAGAUUUAACUUUGCAGGUAGAAUCUGUUAGAUAAUAUUGUUUAGAGAUAGUUCUUGUCAGCAUCUUUGAUUACCGAUUACACAGACACUAUUUGAAACAGAGAUCAAACUUUCUGAUCAUUGCCGUUGGAA